AUGCGUCCCAUAAGCUCCUAUCUGUUCUGCCAGUGUGCGUGUCCACCUGCUACAACUCAUACGGUAGAGAGUAUAUCGGAGAUGAACUCUUAUCGUUGCUGGACAACGGUGGUGUCCACACCAAUGGAAAGCCACAAGAGCCGUGAACGUUAUCUGAACCGCCGUAUUAAAUUGUGUCCCAUGUGGCUGUCCAUAAUCCAAUGUCUGUUGAUGCUCUUCGGUCACAGUGAUCUCCGCACUCGGAACUCAGCCAAUUUUCAGCGCCUUCACUACUCCCGUGAUUCAUCUGUAGUCCUGGUGUCUGAGCGCAUAUGCGGGACAGAAUCUGUCACGACUCGACCCCACCUAGCUUUCAAAAAAGCUGUUAAUUGCGCCCCAGAGAUUUCAGGCCUCUGCUACCGAACCACCAUGAUUGCGUCAAACUUGCAAUGUGCCGGCGAUAAUUGGUCCCAGUUGAUUCAAGCCUGUCCGCAUCCCAACCCCACCUGUCCUCAGCUGUAG